CAACAUGUAUGAUGAAACGUAACUGCCACGUAGCUGUGGUUUAAGCAAACAUUUUUAGUUAUCUGUUUUGUCCUGCUGUUUGUGCGGAGGGUGUGAGUGUGGCAGCAUGUUGGUGACAGUGCUGAGCUGGCUCUGCUCCUCCCUGCUGGUGUCUGUCAGCGGGGCCAAGCUGCCUGAGGCCGAGGUGAACAUAGAAGUCCUGCACAGACCUUUCCUCUGUCACCGAAAAUCAAAGUACGGAGACAUCCUGCUCGUGCAUCAUGAGGGAUACUUUGAGAAUGGGACCAUGUUUCACUCCAGUCGAACAGAGGGUGACAAGCAGCCUGCUUGGUUUACGCUGGGCAUCAAAGAAGCGAUCAAAGGCUGGGAUAAAGGCCUGCAGGACAUGUGCGCUGGAGAGAAGAGGAGACUUAUCGUACCUCCAGCUCUGGCCUAUGGGAAGGAAGGGAAAGGUAAGAUCCCACCUGAAAGCACGCUGACCUUCGUUAUUGAGGUGCUUGAGAUCAGAAAUGGACCGAGGUCUCAUGAGUCUUUCCAGGAGAUGGACCUCAACGAUGACUGGAGGCUCUCCAAGCAUGAGGUGAAAGAGUAUCUGAGGAAAGAGUUUGAGCGUCACGGCUACCCUCCCAACGACACUCUACAUGAGAACAUGGUGGAGGAUAUCUUUGCCAAAGAGGAUGAGAACAAAGACGGCUUCAUAUCCUCCAGGGAAUUUACUUACAGACACGACGAACUUUAACUUCUCUCCCAGGUUAAUCUCACAAACCACUCACUAGUCCAGUGUCCUCCAGGUUUCACUGAUUUUGUGCUAGAAAUCCUGAUGCAGACGUUCAUCGUCUGCAUGAAAGUAUUUCACUGUUAUAGAACCAUUGUGUUUGUCUGGUGGGUAAUGUGUAAACUCUUCCUGUGAGAGCCAACAGGUUUGAUAAUCUGAUUAUUUCAGUGAUGUUUUACUUUUGCAAGUCUUUGCUUUUGAGUGUGUUUACGUCUUUAAGAGCCCAUUCCACUCUGUCUUACUUAUAAACUUUUAGGAAUUUAUUUAUAUAGAGUUAUCAGUGUCACCAGAUAUCAGAGGGCAUGCCCGUGGACAGACAGUGUAAGUAGGAAACAGUUGCCAAAUUUGACUUUGAAAAUACCCUUAAUGUAAAUAAAGUGUUUAUUUUCAUUGAAAAAAUGUUAUCAGAUCAAUGUUGUUCAUCUUUUGUGGGUCCACAACAAUAUAGAGAGAAUGCUUUGCUUAUUUUUCCCUGUAUGGUGAACAAUUCAUUCCACUUCAGAGAAUAAUCAUCAUUAAAUCAAGAAAAUGUCAUUAACUCAGGCUUAUCAUAUUGGUUAGACUGUGUGUUAAAGUCAUGAAAAUGUGAACUUUUGGUAUUUUUUUCAUUUUCUAUUAAGACGUUAAAUGUGUAUUUUUAUAGGACAUUUUUGUGGCAGACAUGUUGACUUAACAUAGCAGGAAAAGCAGGUGUGACCAAGAACAUAACCGCUCCGUUUCACUUUCCGUAAGUGCUCCCAGUGUGCCAAUAUACACAAUACUCAGAUCUUAGCACUUGCACACCUAAAUGGAAUGCAGCCAUCAUUAACAUUUUUGACAUGUGAAAACUACUGUGAGACAGCUGCAUUGCACAUGCAUAUACACUGCAAUGUCAAUACUGAAAAGACAUAUUAAUCAUUCCUAUUCUGCAAAACACAUUCUGAUUUCCGAAAUGCAUCUCAAAAGUGCCCUGCUUUUUGACAACAUGUUGGCAGCUGUUCUGAGAUUUGCACACGUGUCUUAAAUCUGAAAACAUUCCCAUAGUGUUAAUUGAAAUCUAGACUAUCCUGUUUCUACAGCCUCUGUGUUCUUUAGUGUAAAAACAUAAGAACUAAACUCAAUAUGUCAUUGACUGCUCUGGUAAAGGUAGAUUUUUAAUGUUCUAUUUUGCAACCAAUGUGAUGAAUAAAGUCAACUCCUGAAAACAAAA